GGCGGGCGGCGGGCGGGAGGACGCAUGCGUGAGGCGGGCGGCGGGCGGCCAUGGCGGAGGGGGGCAGCGCUGAGGGGGAGCUGGAGCCGCUGCGCUUCCCGCGGCUGUGGGCGGACGGCUUCUUCGAGGUGCCGGCGGCAGAGAGGCUGGGGAGGUGCCGGAGCGUGAAGGAGUUCGAGAAGCUGAAUCGCAUCGGGGAAGGCACCUAUGGCAUAGUGUACCGUGCCCGGGACACCGUAACGGAUGAGACCGUGGCACUGAAGAAGGUGCGGAUGGACAAUGAGAAAGAAGGAAUGCCCGUCAGCAGCCUGCGGGAGAUCACCCUGCUUCUGGAGCUCCACCACCCCAACAUCGUGGAGCUGAAGGAGGUGGUCGUGGGGAACCACCUCGAGAGUAUUUUCCUGGUAAUGGGCUACUGUGAGCAGGACCUUGCCAGCCUUCUGGAGAACAUGCAGACACCUUUUUCCGAGGCUCAGGUGAAGUGCAUCAUCUUGCAAGUGCUCAGGGGCCUGCAGUACCUGCACGAGAAGUACAUCAUCCACAGGGAUCUGAAGGUGUCCAACCUGCUCAUGACUGACAAAGGCUGCGUGAAGAUAGCGGAUUUCGGUCUGGCGCGUACGUACGGGAUGCCGCCGAAGCCCAUGACCCCCAAAGUCGUCACGCUGUGGUACCGAGCGCCUGAGCUGCUGCUGGGGAUGACGACGCAGACCACCAGCAUUGACAUGUGGGCCGUGGGCUGCAUCCUCGCCGAGCUGCUGGCUCACAAGCCGCUGCUGCCGGGCACCUCCGAGAUCCACCAGAUCGACCUCAUCGUGCAGCUCCUGGGGACGCCCAGCGAAAACAUCUGGCCGGGUUUCUCCAAGCUGCCCCUGGUGAGUCAGUACACCCUGCGGAAGCAGCCUUACAACAACCUCAAGCACAAGUUCCCCUGGCUCUCGGAGGCUGGGCUGCGUCUGCUCAACUUCCUCUUCAUGUACGAUCCCAAGAAGCGGGCGACGGCGAAAGACUGCCUGGAGAGCUCCUACUUCAAGGAGAAGCCCCUCCCCUGCGAGCCAGAGCUCAUGCCCACCUUCCCGCACCACCGCAACAAGCGGGCAGCCUCCACCAGCACGGGGACUGAGACCCAGGCGAAGCGGGGCAAGCCCUGAGCCCCCGGCCCGCAGCGGGAGGUAACGGGAGCUCGCAGCGGGGGCGGCCGCUGCCCCGCGUGGGGCUGGACGCUGGCUCCCGCCCUGCUGCUGGCCGGGCACGCGGCCCCUCGGCGCCCUCCUGGGACGGCCCCGUCAGCCCUGAGGGGGUGUGGUGCCGGGGGGGGGCCGCCUGGAGGUCCUGCGCUCAGCCCCGCGGGGAGCUGCCCGCGCCAAGACAUCCACGGGCUGCCAGAGCCCGCGCUGUGACCCCAUCACAGCACCGGUCCCCUCCUGCGCUGGGGCUGGGGCUGGGAGCGCAGCCCCUGGGUGGGGUUCAGCCCUGUGCCGCCUCCUCCCUGGGGGUGGAGUGGGGGCACAGCCUGCAGGGGGGGAGGAUGGGGGGAACGGGGUUUGGUACAGAGACGCG